AUAAACGCAUUUCUUGUCCCCGUGAUGAUAACGGAGUACUAAAUUCCGGAGGCUGCCCUUUCCGCUCGUUCAUCAGUAGGAUCCGACUUCGCGGAUAGUUGACAUUUCGCCAGCAGCGUCACGUACGCCUACCUCCCAAAGGUAAUGCCGCACCUAACGGAUUCCGACUACAGCGCGAGCUGAGAGCGCCUAACUGCAUGUAGACGUCAUUCGGAACAUUCUCAGAUUCACCAGUGCCGACUCUGGUUCCUAGUGGGAAGCCAGUUUGAUACGCAACGAUGCCAUCUCGAAGAGGUUUAAUUGCCCCACAGAACACGCUACUCGAAAACCUUCUACGGCGAUCGAAUGGACAACAUAAUAGCUUUCUUUUGGCGAAUGCACAAAUCGUCGACUAUCCAAUCGUCUUCUGCAAUGAAGGAUUCAACAAACUCAGCGGAUACACCCGGGCCGAGGUUAUGCAGAAGGGAUGCACGUGUUCUUUCAUGCAGGGAGAGCUGACGGAUAAAGAAGCUAUAACAACGCUCAGCCGAUGUUUGGACAGCCAUCACCAGGAUCAUAUUGAAAUACUACUCUAUAAGAAAAACAAAACUCCGCUAUGGCUUCUGUUUCACGUGGCGCCAAUAAAGAACGAGAGAGACAAGGUUGUCCUGUUCCUCUGCACCUUCAAGGACAUCACUUCACUCAAACAACCGAUCGAGGCCGACACGACGAAAACUGUCGUUGGGUUGAGCAAGUUUGCACGACUAGCAAGGACAGUGACCCGCAGCAAGUCAGCAUUGACCCCGAAUCUGCAAAAACCUAUGGUCAGCCGAUCGGAGUCCAAACACACUGGCAUCUCCCUCACACUGAAUCUCAAUCCGGAAAUGUUGCCGGCAUAUCGGCAAGAAACGCCAAAGACACCGCCGCACAUCAUUCUGCACUAUUCGACGUUCAAGGCGAUCUGGGACUGGGUGAUUCUUAUACUGACCUUCUACACUGCUAUCAUGGUGCCAUAUAACGUAGCAUUUAGCACGAAGAGCAUGGACACGGUUGGCCUGUUGGUCAUAGACACGAUAGUCGACGUGAUCUUCUUCAUCGACAUCGUGUUGAACUUUCACACGACCUUUGUCGGCCCCGGUGGCGAGGUGGUGUCGGAUCCGAAAAUCAUUCGAAUAAACUACGUGAAGAGUUGGUUCGUCAUCGAUCUGCUGUCGUGUCUUCCCUACGACGUGUUUAAUGCCUUCGAUCAAGUGGAUGACGACAUUGGGCGCCUCUUCAGUACCCUAAAGGUUGUUCGCCUUCUUCGACUCGGAAGAGUCGCUCGUAAACUCGACCACUACAUGGAAUACGGCGCUGCCAUGCUGAUCCUGCUAGUGUGCGUGUUUGGACUCGUCGGUCACUGGCUGGCGUGCAUCUGGUACUACAUAGGAGUCACCGACGCUGCCAUCAACAUCGAGUAUAGCUGGCUGGUCCAGCUAGGACGAACGAUCAAUCGAGAGUAUACGUUCACUAACGACACGCCGCCGAUUCUGUCAGCGUUGCUGUACGCGUCGAUAUUCGGUAACGUGACGACGAUUUUCCAACAACUCGGGGCGACGACGGCCAGAUAUCACGAGAUGCUGAACAGCAUUCGUGAGUUCAUGAAACUUCACGAGGUUCCGACGCAGCUAAGUGAACGCGUCCUUGACUACGUUGCUUCGACGUGGGCAGUCACGAAAGGAAUAGAUACGGAGAGGGUGUUGAGUUACUGCCCAAAGGACAUGAAAGCCGACGUGUGCGUGCAUUUAAAUCGAAAGGUGUUCAACGAGUUGCCAGCUUUUCGACUGGCCAGCGACGGUUGCCUGCGUGCUCUUGCUAUGCAUUACACAACAGCACACAGCGCUCCAGGGGAUCUGCUCUACCAUACUGGAGAGAGCAUAGACGCCUUGUGUUUCGUCGUAUCCGGGUCAUUAGAGGUCACGCAAGAUGACGAAGUGACGGCCAUUUUAGGUAAGGGCGACGUCUUUGGAGACUACUUCUGGAAGGAGGCGACGCUCGGCCAAUCCUGUGCCAAUGUCCGGGCCUUGACGUACUGUGAUGUACACAUGAUAAAAAGAGAUGCUCUGCUGGAAGUGCUAGAUUUUUAUCACUCGUUCUCAAACUCGUUUGCACGAAAUCUAACCCUUACAUACAACUUGAGACAUCGGCUCGUUUUUCGAAAGGUCGCCGAUCUGAAGAAAGAACGGGAACUAGACGAGCGACUGAAGAAGGAACCGGGACUCGAUCCCAGCGAGGACCAUCUCGUGCGCAAGAUUUUCUCGCGUCUGAGAAAGGUCAGCGACGCAAACGUCAUCCGACCGAUGACCGGCAACGGUGACCUCAAGGAUCCGGAGAAGGGCGAUCGGAUGACGCCGCUGCCGCCCGGGGCAGCCGACAGUCCGAAGACGGCGCACCUCGUCAAUGUCUCCGAAGACUCGCCUGUGUUAUCACUCAAAUCGAGUACACCCACCCCGAAGUCGGUGCCGAUGGUACAUCGACCGCAGGCGAUGGGCUCUAAGUGGGGCAAACUUCUCGGCGGUCCGAGCAGCUCUAAUAGCAACAAUAAUAGUGCGGCGAACAGCACCCCGUCGACACCGACGCCCUCCGAAGCGCAAAAGAUCGUCAUGGAGACGACGCUGUCGCAGGACGCGAAGCAGGAAUCCGCCCCCGUGCAACCGCCAGUGCCCACCGUAGAGCCGCCAAAGGCGAUGCCAAAGCGGCCCGCGUCGAAGUGGGGCAAGUUCAUGGGCAGGGACUCGAAAGCGGAGAGCGGCGACGCAAAGAAGGACGCGUCGGCGACGCAGAUGACGGUCGUCGCCGACGUGACAAACGCGCAGGCCAGCGGCGUCGCCAAACCGGACGCGCCAAGCGUCGAUCCGAAACCGGAUCCGCCGAAAACGACGACGAAGGUGUUCUCCCGGUGGUCGAAGGUCGGCGGCAAGGCUGACGUCAUCGAAGAGGAACCGGAAUCGCCUACGAGCGUCGCUGCGCGCAACCGACGGAUUUCGAGCCUCACGAAAACCGAAUCGACGGACAGCGGCAUGGCGAAGAGCGACGCGAAGGCCGACGAUUCCGAAUCGAAUAAGUCGAAUCUCGUCUCGCCGAACGGCCUGACGAUCAACUCUGCCGAUGCCGCGCAGCUGAUGCACGGACUCUACGAGAUCAAGAGCGAGCUGAAGAGCGAAGCAGAGAUUAUCAAUCAUAAAGUUCAGCUGAUCGAUGACAAAAUCAGCGCGCUCUUCAAAAUACUCUGCAAUCGAACCGGUCAGCCAAAGUUGGAAAUGAUUACCGAGCCGAAUAACGUGUCGCCCGAACUGUCCAAUGAAUCGACGGACUUAUCCUGCGCGACGUCGUCCUCGGACGCAGCAGCGAACGAGACCGUGGCGCCACCUACCGUGCUACCUCCCGCGAAGGACGCCGAGGAGACGUCGGUGCAGAAGAAGAAGAAGCACGAUUCGGAGGCAGCGAUCGCAGCCACAUCUCGCGUCGAUGCGCCCGCUCCGGCGAGUACAGCCGUCAGCACCAAAGUGAUCACAACUCAAAGUAUUCCCGUUACGUCCUUUAAAGCAUCCGCUCCGUCCACAAGACUCGUUUCUCUCAGACCUGCGACUAUCGCGCUGCCGACAGCCUUGCGUGGCGCCAGCGCGCAGAAGCAAGACAUGCGAAAGCUGCUAGAGGCAGAAAUCGAGAGUGGCGAAAGUGAUAGCUCAGUGAAGAAACUCGACGACGAUGGCUUCUUCUAGAAUGGGAUCUAUAGACAUAUCCGCUGCUCAUAUUAACGUUGUUUAGUUUACUGCAUCGUGCGUGCGUACGCCGGCGUGCUUUUUGUUCAUGUCUCUCUCGCUCCCUCUGGCUUCAGGUUCGCGAUUACGAUAGAAAGAUAAUGUAUGCGUUUUUGCAUAGAUAGGAACGCACCGGUAUAAACAGCGAGAAAAAACCGACGCGUGCAGUCAUGAACGGUAUAUUUAUAUUUACAUUUAGUCCGUUUUCCCAUGGCGCAUGCAAAGAAAAUAGGGGGUUUUCUCAUUUUUUUCUUCUAAAAGAACAUCAGAUGAUCGUUUCGAACGUUUUUGUUAUAAGUGAUGCUUCUGUUCACUCUCGGUGCAAUCAUUCGUAUCAGGUGAAUGGGUUGUUAUCGUUGUUGUCCAAACUAACACAACUGCGCGUAGUAUCUCGGCAAGCAAGCUUCUUUUGCAUUUAUCGUAGCCAGGUUACCUUACCUGUGCAUUUCGCCAAACACCCGACACGAUACAGAAUAAUCGGAUACAAGAGACAAAUGUUUGUGAUCAAUAUCAUGCGAUAUUGCUAAAGUUAUAUAUUGUCUCUGUCAGUUAAAUUUUCUUGACAAUGACAGUGUAAUAACACAUAAUAUAUAUAUAUAUGAA